AUGUGCAAGGCAGAAGCUCCCAAUCCUGUUUAUCAAGCUCCCAGCACUUCAGAUCAAUUCCUAUUUCCACCACAUAACAGCGAUCCCACCAGUUCUGCAAAUCAGGAUGGUACCAGCACUACUCUGGAUCCCACCGACUCCUCCACUGAUAACGGUAUCAAUACAGAAUUCCUCAUUCAAGUUCAGCCAAUCCGGCUUAUCGUAAUCUCCGUGCCCCAAAUGCUUCCAGGAAGUCCUCGAUUAAUUGACAUAAGUCCCCCGACCUCUCCACCCCCACUCGACUCCUGGUCUCGGUCCUUAAAAGCCCGAGCUCGACAAAAACGAAAUAAUGAUAACCAAGCUUACGUUUACAAACCCGUGGCAAGAGAAGGGGAGAAGAUGGUUCUUGAAUGCGCAGCCAGAGGUAAUCCACCUCCAAAGCUAAUUUGGUUCAAAGGUGGUGGAGGAAGUAGUCUGCCCCGACCAAAAGGCCUAUCAUCAAAGGACGAGGUUACUUUUGAUGCACUCAUUAAAGAAGCUCUGACUUAUCUACCGCUUACAGAAGCGAUGAAGUAUUUAGGAACAAAAAUAGCUGAAGACAUACAACUCUUCCCAGCAAUAGUGGAAUCCUCCUCGGAUUAUAACAUAUCUGACGUGAAACCUCUAACCGAAUCCGAUGUGGCAACUCUAAUGCCCAAAGAACCGGAUUUUAAAGGAACGAAAUUGGGCAGAUUUGCUGUAGUGUCUGGAUUAAAGAAAGAUGAUAAGGGAUUGCCACUGAUAGCGGUUUCACGACUGUCUGUGGACAAAUUAGGAGUCUCCGAUGCGACACGAUACACUUGCCUGGGUCAAUUGAAUAUGGAACAGCUGGGUGGACGGGGCAAUAAGACAGCUAUUGGAAGUCUUCUUCCAGCAAUUAUUUUGAUGCCGCAAUUCAUAGCUGCUGGUACAAAGCUCUAUGCCACUGGCUAUCCUGGAGACAAUGCGACUCUAACAUGUGAAGCCCUUGGUGGACUCCAUAUGAAUGGUGGAUUUAAUUUAACCCUACUCCGUGGUUCAGGGCUCAAAGAACUCGCCGAACAGACUAGCACAGCUAAGAAAACCAUUUCACCAGCGGGAUUUUUAUCGAACAAUGUCGGCGAGACCUCGGAUUACUUAGAUGAGCGACCAGAGUUCGCCUUCAGUAAGAGUAUUGAAGUGAUUAGCAACAAAACCAACGAUAGAUAUCGUCUUACCUCUGGACCGGACCCUAGAAAUCCAUAUGCCGCAAUGGUUCGCUUAACAAUUACUGUUCCCUCUGUCCUCACAUCAGAUAAAUUACCCCCCAGACUAGUCGCUAGUACGAUGGACGAAGAUAAGGAGGGAGAGAAGGGAAGAAGUACUGAGGAGUUUUUCUUUCUCAUUUCAGAUCUUCGACCAGAAGAUAAUAACUAUUAUGUCUGCAUGGCUAGAAGUGGUGAAAAUUGGAUUGCCUAUGCGCCCUCACCUGAAGACGCAUUGGGACGCCUCUCGGUGUGGUUCGCGCCUCCGAAAGCUGGUCCUCCUCCAGAAGAGUCAGCACAUUCAUCGUCAUCUCAGAGAAAACCAAAUGGUGAUAGGGAGGGUAAAUGGGAAGUUCGAUAUGGACUAGCGCACAAGCCAUCACGUCUUGAGUGUCGAGCCCUGGGUCAACCCUCGCCACAUUGGACGUGGACUGGACCGGCUAUCCGGAAUCCUAUUGAACCUGUGACGACUGAUGAGGUUAUGGAAGCCGAAGAGUAUACGGUGCGAGUAUAUCAAUUGGGUGAGGAAUCGGUGAGUGAGUUGAUAUUACCGGCAGCCUACUGGAGUUUUGGUAUUUUCGGGAGUUAUUCCUGCACUGCCGAAAACCGACUUGGCUCAGCCACUGGCUAUGUUCGACUCAAACUUGCUACUCAUCCGCUUCGACCAAACGUCACCGCUUGUACAGUGGAGCCGACGGUUGUUGUGCUGUGUGUGUCACCACCAGAGGAGACUGGAGGAUUGCCCCUCACUCACUACGAGUUGCGCAUUCAACCCGGGCCUACUGAUCGUUUCCAUGGUCCUUUUGCCUACUUGGCUGACACAGACGUAACCUCCUCGGAUUAUCUGGCUCGAUGGAUUCUAGAAUCCGAUGGUGGAUCACCUGUCAUCAUGUACAAAAUCAAAAUUCGACCGGUUAAUACGAACUGGGCAAGCGUUCAAAACAAAGUAACGCCCCUCGGUACCUGGACAGUCUUUGAUGUCAGUUCUCAGGACGCUGUUCGAUUGACACCCAAUGGAAUGGAGGGAAUGUAUCGUAUUAAGAGCCUUCAGCCUGGUACCUCCUAUGAAGUCGAUCUAGUUGGACAGAAUUCAGUCGGACAAUCGAAUCCCUAUGCCGUAGUAUUCCGAACUUCAGAUUUACUAGGGACUUCAGGAAAACUUUUGCAGGAACCUAAAAGUCAGUUCCUCCAUGGAAAUGGUGGCAAUAAAAUACCGAGCAAUUGGAUGCUUUUGACGGUUCUACCUCUGAUAAGGCUUCAUAGUUGGCUCUCGCUAUAA